AAAGCUCAUGUAGAUAGUGCUAAGUGCUAACCUUGUCUUAGCACUUAGCCGUAUAAAACUUCAGGUUUCCCCAAAUUCUCUUCUUUUGACUCGUCACCAGACUCUUCUCGGAGUUAAUGAUUUGAUCUUCUCUUACCACAAAAUGGCCGAAACUCCGUCAUCGUUCCAGACGCCGCCGCCGCCGCCACCACCACCACCACCGACGCCUCCGUCAGCGCCUAUUAAUCCUGAUCCUACACAAUACUGGUGCUACCAGUGCAACAAACGGGUUCCGGUCGAAACCCUACCCGAUCAGCCCGAUGUUAUAUGUUUCGAAUGCAAGAAUGGAUUUGUUGAGUUAAUCUCCGUCCAUCAUCCUCAAGCGCUUGAAGUAAACGAUGAGGACCAACCUGCUUUCGGCAACGAGUUUCUUCAGGUCCUUAGGUUAAUCGCUCAGGCUGCGCGUGAUGGUGACGCGCCUCCUCUGCCUCCUUCUGACCGCGCGGAUGACGACAGCGAUCAUCUCCAAAUUGAACUCGACGGAUGGGAUGAAAACGAUGAUGACGACGACGACGAUGAUGACGAAGACGAAGGUGAUGAAAACCAUAACGAAGGAGCUCGAGAUCGUGAUGGAUCUGAUGACAACGAAGCGGAACAAGAGAUCGUCGAAGGGGAAAAUGAAGAUUCCCGUAGAAGACAAAGGCGCGAUGUCAUCCGUCUUCGUCUCCGUGACUUUGCUACCCGAGCUUUAAGUCGUCGCAACCGGAUUCUCGAUUGGGCUGAGAUCCUAACGGGGCUCGAAGAUCACUCGAUCGAGUUUAGGUUUCAACUUCCGGGAGGUGGUGAUGGUUACGUAGGCAAUCCAGGCGAUUACGUUGAUGCUGCCGGAUACGAAGCAUUGUUGCAAAACCUAGCUGAAAGUGAUAGCGGCGGGAAGAGAGGAGCUCCACCGGCGGCGAAAUCUGCAGUGGAAGCGUUGCCAACCGUUGAAGUGAAGUCAACUUAUAUGGAAGUCUGUGCUAUAUGUAAAGAUAAAGUGUUUAACAACGAAAAGGAGAUUGUGAAGCAAUUGCCUUGUGGACACAUGUAUCAUGAAGACUGUAUAGUGCCUUGGUUGGGUUCAAGGAACACUUGUCCUGUUUGUAGGUACGAGUUGCCUACAGAUGAUCCUGAGUAUGAAGAAGAUAGGAAGAAGAAAUCAACCUCCAUGGCUACAACAACAUCAGCAACAUCCGGUGAUGGGGUUUAAGAAAUGGUAUGUAUGCAUUUCUCGCUUAUCUUGAACACAGAGUUUGUAUCCCUGUUUUCGCUGUUCCUUAUAUGAAUUCAUGGUAAUGAUUUUAUUGCUGUAAAUACCAAACUUCCUUGAUUUGAAGAACUCAGAGUAGCUUUUCUGUUGUA